GGGACUAGUCGAAAGUCAGUGCCCAUUUGUGGGUAUAUAAGGAGCUUCCACAGUGAGUCAGAUUCAGAAGUUGUGGUGCCAACUAUCUGCUGUCACCAUGACCUCCUCAGCCUUCCUGGUUUUCGCCAUUUUGGCGACUGCCUCAGCUGCUCCUUGGCCAUCAGGAACUAACUUAUGCUCAAAGGAAUGCCCAAUUGCUGGAUCGCCCAAACUCUUCUAUGCCCCUGAAAAGACUUAUGUUUACUCAUACACUGGCAAGUCCCAGAUCCACCUGAGGGAUGUUGAAGGGGCCAACGUAGACAUGGAAUGGAACUCCCAGGUCGAGCUUUCGUGGCUCUCCCCCUGUGAUAUGGCCAUCACCAUGAAGAAUCCUUCCAUUGGAGGUGGUUCAGGGUCUGCUGAAGCCAGGUUCCUCGAGAGAUAUCCCUUAGUGGUGUCUAUCAUUGAUGGACGGGUGAAAGCAGCCUGUGGCCAUCCUGAUGAUGACACUUGGUCUAUCAACUUGAAAAAGGGCAUUGCAUCAGCUUUCCAGAACACCUUACCCUCCAACUCCACCAUCAACUCAGGCCUUAACUUCACAGAGACUGAUAUAAUUGGUAACUGUUCAACUAUGUAUGAAGUGCAACAUGAGGGAGAAAAGGUUGUUGUGACCAAGUUGAAAAACCAUCGCUUCUGCCAAGAUCAUUACGCUAACCGAGCUGAGACACCAAAAGCUUGGCUGAAGGCUCCUUUGCCUAUGGAAGAAUCCUACUCUGAAUGCAAACAGGAAAUUACAAAUGGUAUUUACACCAGCAUUACUUGUAAGGACAAGAAUGUCAUAAAACCAGCCUAUGGUUCUUACAAGUACGUUGAAGCCCACCAAGAAUCAGUUUUACGAUUCCAGUCAGAAACAGACCAGAUUCCUCCUUCAGUUUCUCAGCUGCCUAGCCGCUUCAUCAGGAAGACUCUUCGUUAUGACCAGCACACACUAAAGAAGGAUCCAUCAAUGGUGGCCAAACUUGACGAAAUGCUCAAACAAGUAUGCGAAAAGGUGAAGCACGGAGUCCACGAACAUGCAGCAUCUCAAUUUGCCCAAGCCUUACAUUUCUUGCGCCGUGUACCAGAAGAGGCAAUCCCACAAACCCUCGAGAAGAUCCGUGGUGGCCAAAUCUGUGAACAACGUCAAAAGAUGGAGAGCAUGUUCUUAGACGGAUUAGCUUUUGUUUACGAAUCUGGAGCAGUCAAGGUUAUGGUGCAAGAGUUGAUUUCUGGAAAAGCUACUGGAGGUCGAGCUGCUCUUUAUGCUGCUUCAAUGUACUUCAUGCCCCGACCAUGCAUUCACUCCAUUGAAGCCUUGAAACCUCUGUUUGAAAAUUUCCAGCGUUUCCCAAGGACCACUUUAGCUGGUGCCACCAUGGUCCAUACUUACUGCAGACAAAAUCCUAAAUGCCAAGAAAAAGCUCCUGUCAGACAGUUAGCUGAGACUUUAAGCAGCAAAGUAGGACAAAUGUGCACUGCCUCACCAAAUGAAGAAACUAGAGAGCAUGCUCUUGCUCUACUCAAGUCCCUUGGCAAUAUGGGGGUGAUGAAUUCUGAAAUAGCCAGACCAAUCUUGCAGUGCAUAGAAAACCCAGAAGCUGAUAAAGGCAUCCGCAGGGCAGCCACCCAGACCUUCAGGAACGUUCACUGUCACCAGGAAAUCCACCCAAUAAUGAAACAGCUCAUUAACGUUGCUCUCGAUCAUAAAAAGCGAACCGAAGUUCGAAUUGGAUCAUAUCUUGCAGCAAUUAAAUGUGCUAAACAUGAAGAACUGCACAAGAUUACUGAAAAAAUAGCUAAGGAAGAAAAUACACAAGUGAGAAGUUUCAUCUUAAGCCAUCUGCACAAUAUCAAGGAAUCAACUGUCCCUUACAAGGCAAAUCUCAAAUCUAGGCUUCAAAAUAUAGUCCUUCCCUCUAACUUCACCAAAGACUGGCGAAAGCACUCUCGCAAUAUCGACCUGUCUUACUAUGCACCAACCUUUGGCGUAGGUGCUGGUGUGGAGUCUAAUGUCAUUUAUGCUCCAGGAUCUUAUGUUCCUCGCUCGGUUAACCUUAAUCUCACAGCAGCCCUUGGUGCAACACCUUUCAAUAUUGGAGAGAUUGGAGCACGUUUUGAAGGACUCGAGACAAUUAUAGAAGAACUUUUCGGGCCACACAGUUACUUCAAGAGAACUCCAGCAAGACAGAUCUGGGAAGAUCUCAAAGAGACACUUAGCAAGAUAAGCGAACGUUUAGAAGGCUCAUUCAGGCAGAGAAGGUCUAUUGACUUGUCCCAAAUCUCUCAUCUCUUUGACAAACUAUAUGGCAACAGACACAUGCAGAAAGCUGAUAUUUAUGCUCGGAUUAAUAAUCAAGAAAUGGCCUUUGGAUCUUGGGAAGGAAAUAUGAAAAAUAUCAAGAUCGACGAACUUAUCAAUAACUUAUUUGAUAAGUUUGACAACAUGAUUAACAGAGCAGCAACCACCAACAUCGAUACAGUAAGAACAGCUCAGUUUUACAUGAACAAUCAUUUGCCUACAAUUCAAGGAUUACCCAUCAAAAUUAAACUGGAGGGAACAGCUGUGGCCGGAAUUAAGAUGGAAACUCACGUCAGAGGACUCACCUCUGGAACUCCUGGUGUUGUCAAGUUCUUGCCAAGUUUAUCAACUCAAAUAGAUGCAUUUAUAGGUUAUGACUGUCACAUUGUUCGUGCUGGAAUUAAGAUGAAGAAUCACAUUGCCACAAACUAUGGAGCAAGCAUUAAUGCUAAAUACACACCUGGUCAAGGCUUUGAAGUAGAAUUAGAAAUGCCAGAGAAAAUGGAGUUGCUGAAGGCACAGAGUGAAACUUACCUUAUGAAGAGAGUAAAGGGUCAACAGGAGACCAAAGUUCAUCCUUCCUCUGUACAAAGCACACGAUUCCAGACUCAGUCUUGUGUAACGAAAAUGGAACCAGUUCUUGGACUCAAACUCUGCUACAACGUCAACAUGCCAAACAUUUUCCGUAGUCAAGGUCUUCCACUUGGUCCUCCUGCUAUUUUCAAGGUCGUCUUAGAGAAGGCGGAAUCUGGAAUGAGAGGAUUCCUUGUAAAGGGCAGAGAAGAACAUGUUGGAGGAAAGAAGGUGAUUAAAGUCGAGCUAGAAACUCCAGGAACCUCCUCACCUAAGAAAGCUACUGCCAUCAUUACAUCAGCUAAUGAAGGAGAGGAAAAGAAAAUAUCUGCAACAUUUGAAUGUGAACGUUUGGGAGGAAUCAGCAUCCAUAUGAUGAGAAAGUGGACUCAGUCAGAAAAACAAGUCGAGAUGAUUGCCUAUUUCAGUGAAAGCAAACAGUACAAUCCUAGUACGAAGGGCAUGGAAGCUAAAUUCUUAUGGAAUGGUGAAGGGGAAGAGGUUAAAUUGGAUAUGGCAUUGAAUACAUUAGCUGCCAUCAGAGAAUGGGUACAACUCAACUUUGAAGUUAGCGGAGACCUGAGGUAUCAUGAAUGGUGCAGAAUACCUCUUCCACAAAGACUGCGCAAAUUCGAAACUAACGUAGCACUUAGAAAUUGGCACAUCAUUUCUUUUGUGAGAAAGGAGGGCGAAUCCCAGUACAAGUCAACUCUCAAGAUUGGUCAACGAGGAAAUGAAAAGGUUGAUAUAAUUGGCAACCAUGUAAUGGAAGGAAGUUCAUACAGAGAAAUGACCUUCAAAUCUAACAUAGAAGCUAAAAUUGGAAAUGCCAGGUACAAGAAAAACUUUGUUUUAUACAACCAAGAAAGUAAAAUGGGAGUUGAAUGGCAAGUGGCUUCCCAAGAAGGUGGAAAGGUUAUUGAAUUAGAGAUGAUACUAAUUCGGUCAGGUGAAUCAUCCCAAGUCAAAUUUUUGCUUGAUAUUCCCGAACGCAUGAAGAAAGUCAUGCUCGAAGCCUCUGCAGCAGGCCAAGGAAGCUCUCAGUUCCAAGUCAGAGCAAUGGCCAAGUAUGGAGAAAGUCCUAUUUUCCAUGUAGAAGGACCAGUCACCGCAAUGCUCUCAUCUAAAAACACUCACCUCAAGACCGAAUUGAGGACUGUUUUACUUCGCAGCCAACCCUACACAGUCACAACCUCUCUUGUAAUGAUGCAUGGCAAACAAGCCGUUGUCUUUGAACUAAAAGACAGAGAAGAACAUCUCAUUACUGUGCAAUGGAAUAUGGCGACUCGAGAUGGACAGGAAACCCAUCUGGACUUUAAGAUGCUCAUUCCAUCCAUGAUAGAAAAGACAAUGAAUGCCAUUGUCAGUGAGAAAGUCUUUCACUUGAGUGUCAACCAGCUGAUAGGACCAAAGAGCUCUUCCCCACUGAGAAGGAAAGGUUUCUUGGAUGUUGAUUUCGAAGGCAAGAAAGCAAACGUCGAAUUUGCUUGGGACGCUGAUCGUAACCCAAAUAAGAAAAUCAAGGCUGAAGUCAAAAUGGUAAAUCCACUUUCAACUCUACGAGACUGUGUCAUCCAGGGUAACUGGGCCUACUUAGAGAGACAACAUCAAUUCAAGGCUGAACUGAAACUCAGUGACAUCCGCUCUUGGUUUGUUGGAAGGAACAGCUUGAUGCUAGAGGUAACAAACCCCAACCAAAAAAUGUACAAAAUGAAUUCUAUCUUAAUGGUGGAGAAAGAGGGAUCAGGACCAAAAGUAGGGGCAGACAUAACCUUCAGGACACCUGAAAACAGAGAGUAUAAGUGGAAUUCCGAGAGUUCUCUUGAGUGGCGCGAAGGACUACAGAACAUGAGGCUGAUGACCAAAGCAGAUCUUGUUUUGCCAGAAGGUCGACAAUCUAGAGUAAACUUAGAAGCAAUGCAUCGCUGGACACCUAGCCAAAGGGAAGCUGAAUUAAAGAUUGAAGUGACCUGCCCAUCACUCCCACAACCAAUCAAGACCAAACUUCAGCUGAAUAAUCAACAGGGUGAAUACAGUACCAAGUGGGUCAUUGAAAUGGGCUCUCCAGUAAAUGGUGCAAUGUACAAACUAAAAUUGUCUCCUGAGCAUGGAGUACAAGGGUUCGAAGUAGAACUUAACCUAGAAGAAGUACUUAAGCUCCUGAAGGCGAUAGAUCACCUCAUAUCUUCUAGCUCUUUGUCCAUGUCUGAUAGCCCUCGGCAUUCUGCUCUUUACCGUGCUCACUACAAACAUCAUGACCACCAUUCUUAUUCCCUGUUGCUGAUGUCACCCUCUCGUACAAUGGAAGGAGGAUGCAGCUGUAAUCACUGCAUUGGCAUGCCUUGUGCAGAAUGCCACUGUAAAUUUGUUCCUCACAAAGGUUUAAGUGAUUCCAAAUAUGAGAUUGCCUUCCGCCGAUCUCAUUCCGAUUGGAGUGGAGAAUCCAGAUAUGAAGGUCGUGUCAGCCAUCCAGGACUAGAGAGGGACCGUCGAAUUGAUAUUCAGCUUAGAAGAGAGGAACAGAAGGUCACAGGAAGUGUUGAGCUCGAUAUUUUCCUCAGACCAGAAGAUAAGAUCACUGGAAAGUUAGAAUCACUCAUUUAUGCUCGAAACACUGUCAUCGUUGAAGCAAAACUUGAAGGAAAGAUACUGAAGGAUCACCCCAAGGUCAUUGUACGUGGAGCCUAUGGUCCAAGCAAUGUUGGAUUUGAUAUUAAAUUGCACAAGACUCACUCUUCUCCUACAUCCUUCAGAAUGUCAGGAAGAUAUGAGAAGAGGAAUGGCAGAAAUGCCGCUGCUUCCUUCAUCAUAGAGAAUGAAAAUCAAAAAACCAUUGACAUUUCUGUAGCACUUCAUCCUCAUCAGAGUCCUUGGUGUUAUGGAGUACGAGCUGAAGCUAAGGCAAAGUCGUCUAUCAUUGGAACUUACGACAUCUAUUCUGAGCUUUGCAAGCCAGGAUUUGUAUCAUUGACCACAAAGAAACAUGGAAGUGACAAGAUGUACAUAACUAAGCUCGGUAUAGAAGGAAUGAAGAACAUCGAAGCCAGUAUUUUGGAAGCUAACCCACAAACCAUGGAGAAAAGACCACUUGGCAUGGCUCGUAUAGUGCUAACUUCUCCCACAAUGAUGAAGCUGGAAACUAAGUAUGAAGGUGAUAAGCUACAUGAAAUCAAGAGUACUGUACGCGAUAUGUGGUGGAGGCUUGUUUCAUCUGCAGGUAACGGGAUGGAUUCUUUGUGCAGUGAAGUUUUACAAGAGGGCUCUGGAUCACCUUCUGGUCACAUGUCUUCGGUAUGGCGGGAAAUUAAGAAUGAAGCCUCGAGAAUCUAUUCUGAUUUGGAAAACGAUUUAGUCAUUCCUAAAUAUGAGAAGCUUAGGGAAUGGCUUCAUGGUGGCAUUCUCUCUAACAUUGCUGAGGGAUGUUCAAAGGUUUGGUCUCAUUAUGCUCACUUCCAAAGCAGUUUAUCAUCAUCUGUAUCCAACAUGAUAAGAACUAUUCGAGAGGAAUUCCCUGGAUUAACUAGAGUAGUCACUGAAGUUGUAAUGGGAACUGCUCGUGGCCUGCAAACUGGUGAAAUGCCUGAGGUGUUCCGUCGAUGGUGGAACGAUUUCCUUGAGAGUUCUUUCUGCAGGGCUAUAGCAUCUGACUUUGAAUCACUCUGGAGUGAACACCAAGAGGAGUACCAGGGAUUGCAGCAGAUCUGGAGGAAAAUCAAGAACGCUCUCGCAAAGGACGUUAACAGGCAGAGACGUAAUCUUAUGCACUAUAAGAAACCCAGACAUCUUGUUAACUGGAUCAUCCAUGAAAUGAACUUUGAACGAAUGGUUUUCAAGGGUGUAGAUAAGGUUAUCAAGAAUGUUGUGCAGAAAGCUCUCUUCGUACCUGUUCAGAUCGAUGGUAACCACUUCCAGCUUCAGUUACCUAUUCGUCGACCAGUGCACUCACUUCCUCAAGCUUUGUCUUAUGUAUCAAUGAAUCCAACUCCAGUUGUUGACCGUGCAUUAUGGUGGUUUGAAGCUCUUAUGCCCACUCCAGUUGAUAAUAUUGUAUGGGCUUAUUAUAAAUUCCUUCCUCGCCAUGCACGUUAUCUUCUGCCACCCUACAAUCAUACAGCGAUGGUUGUUGAUGGAUCAGAGAUCCUCACCUUUGAUGGAGUAGUUCUGCGAGUACCUCAUUCUCCCUGCAAAGUCUUGCUUGCACAGUACAAGACUCACUCCUUGAUUAUGCAAAAUCAGCAGCCUGGCCAUUUGCCACACUUCAUUUUGAAGGCUGCUGGAGCGACAGUGGAGGUCAAGCCUGACUUCGUUGUUACCGUCAAUGGAAAUCCAGUAAGUGGGCCCAGGGAAGUGCAAGGUGAAGUCGUAAUCAUGAAAGAAAAUGAGAAGAUCAAGGUCAGGACUCCAUUCAUAACACUCCGUGUCUACAGAGACAGCCACACUGCUUCAGUCGAGGUCUCUGGCUGGACAUUUGGUAGAAUAGCUGGUCUUUUGGGCAUCUAUGAUGGGGAAAAGGCAACUGACAGGUUGACACCUCAGGGUACAAGGGCAUCUAACCUGCAAGAGCUGGUUAAGUCCUGGCAGGAGAAUCCCCAGUGCGAGACUCCUCAUGUUGCUCCUGUUAGUCCUAUGCAGGUUCCAGUGGUCCAUAUGCUCCACUGCCAAACCCUCUUCGGAGUUCGAUCUCGCUGCAACCCAAUCGUCCGCAUAGAACCUUUCAAGAAGAUGUGCUUAGGAAGUGGAAAUGCUUGUCAUGUUGCUAAGGCCUAUCGUGCUAUGUGCGAAACCAAAGGUGUUAAGGAGAUCUUCCCUCUAGGAUGCUAAGUCUCAUGCUUUUCCACAGAACUGACCGUGUAAAUAAGUGACAAGCCUAACGACCUCGUUUCUUAGCUUUUAAGGAAUGCAUGGAAAUAACACAAAAAUAAUUAUAUGCUGAAACGAUAAUAAAUAUGAGCAACAUAACAAUAA